GGCAGAUGGAGUCACGAUCACUGCUUACACAAAAGCGUCCUAUCAUUUGCUUCUCCAAACGCUGCUGCGUUUCGAUCGAUUUCUGAGUUCAAGGUCUGUACCUUAUGCCUAGGCUUCAAAAGGAGUAUUAGACAUCUCUUGCACCUCUUAAAAGCAUGUUCAAGGGUCAAUAAGGCGUAAUGCUGUUGCGGUGUUCUGCAAAUUCCAUGUAGCUGGUGUUAAGUUAAAUCUUGAGCAGUGGUUUGGGAUUCCACAGAAGAUGGAUAUAAUUGAAUCCAUCCUUGACAUUCCAGUGCAAGAUCCAAAAGAGGAAGAGUUCUCUUCUGCUGAUUUGAAUUGGACCAAGUUUGGAAAUCCCGAGCACCAUGAUGAUGUAGCUCUUAUUCCUUAUGCACGAGUUGAUGCAUUUAUAAUUGGAGAAUGCUCUAAUGUUGAAUGUCCAACACGGUUUCAUAUUGAGAGGGGAAGAAAACGAUCUAAAGGCAGCUUAAAGGAGUACAAAAAUGAUGAAUAUUUGGAAUAUAGGCUGUAUUGGUGUUCAUUUGGUCCUGAGAACUAUGGGGAAGGUGGGGGUAUAUUGCCAAGCCGGAGAUAUAGACUUAACACCAGAAAUCGUGCUGCUAGACCUCAAUCUAUGCGGGGCUGUACAUGCCAUUUUGUAGUGAAACGCCUGUAUGCCCGUCCCUCACUUGCACUUAUUAUAUAUAAUGAUAGGCGUCAUGUGAACAAGUCUGGUUUUGUCUGCCAUGGCCCCCUAGACAGAGAUGCAAUUGGCCCUGGUGCCAAGAAAAUUCCAUACAUUUGUAGUGAAAUUCAGCAGCAAACAAUGUCUAUGAUCUAUCUUGGCAUUCCUGAGGAAAACGUGUUAGAGAAACACAUUGAGGGGAUUCAACGUUACUGUGGUUCAAAUGCCAAAGUUAAUAGCCUUGCUUCCCAAUAUGUUCACAAACUUGGUAUGAUUAUCAAACGCUCUACCCACGAAUUGGACCUAGAUGACCAAGCUAGCAUUCGAAUGUGGGUUGAACGCAAUAAGAAAUCCAUAUUCUUUUAUCAGGAUUCUUCAGAAGCAGAUCCUUUCAUUUUGGGCAUUCAAACAGAAUGGCAGUUGCAACAAAUGAUUCGAUUUGGCCAUCGCAGUAUUAUGGCGGUUGACUCCACAUUUGGAAUAAAGAGGCUCAAGUACCCUUUGUGCACGCUUCUUGUGUUUGAUUCAAGACAGCAUGCACUCCCUGUUGCAUGGAUUAUUACCCGUAGUUUUGCUAAGCCAGAUGUGUCUAAAUGGAUGAAAGCUCUUCUUGAUCGAGCUCGUGGUAUUGACAUUGGGUGGAAGGUCAGUGGGUUUUUGAUCGAUGAUGCAGCAGCAGAGAUUGAUUCUAUAAGGGAUGUAUUUUGCUGCCCUGUGCUAUUUUCCCUCUGGCGUGUCCGUAGAUCAUGGCUAAGGAAUAUCAUCAAGAAAAGCAGCAAUGUUGAAGUUCAGAGGGAGAUGUUUAAACGGCUGGGAAAAAUUGUCUACAGCAUUUGGAGCGGAGUGGAUUCUCUGGUUGCCUUGGAAGAAUUCACCCAGGAUUUUGUUGAUCAAACUUCCUUCAUAGAGUACUUCAAGGCAUUGUGGAUGCCUAAGAUAGAAAUGUGGAUUGAUAUGAUGAAAACACUUCCACUUGCAAGCCAGGAGGCAUCAGGUGCCAUAGAAGCAUAUCAUGUGAAGCUGAAAGUUAAACUAUAUGAUGAUUCACAUCUUGGUGCACUCCAGAGGGUUGAUUGGUUAGUGCAUAAGCUAACAACUGAGCUGCACUCGAGCUACUGGCUUGAUCGCUAUGCAGAUGAAAGUGAUUCCUUUCAGAAUGUUAAGGAAGAAUAUAUUGCUUCUACAUCUUGGCACCGAGCACUGCGAAUUCCUGACACUUCUGUUAUCUUGGAGGAUAAGAACCAACUUUUUGCCAAGGUUUUAAGUCAAAAGGAUAGCAAUCUAACACAUCUAGUGUGGAAUCCUGGAUCAGAAUUUGCUUUUUGUGACUGUGAAUGGGCAAUGCAGGGAAACCUUUGCAAGCAUAUCAUCAAGGUCAAUAUGAUCUGCAAAACUCAUCAAGCCUAUCAGUCUUCCAUGUCAUUUCAGUCAUUCAGAGAGAUCUUAAUGAAUCUGUGGAGAAAACCAAUGGAUGAUUCAGUUGCAUUGGAUCAGGCGGUGGCCUGGACACACCAGAUGCUUGAUCAAAUUCAAAAGCUUGUUGAACUGAACAGUGCCAAUGACAUUGGCAGUGUGGUAAAUAAUCUGCCUUUGAAAUGGGUUUCCAAGAAAGGUAGAACAUUUGUUGGCAGACCAUCAUCCGCCCCAUCACUUCCCUCUAGUUCCAAGAGUAAACCCCUGGAUGCUGCUGCACGCAAAAAGAAUCGGAAGCGGAAAAGAUUGUCACGGUUGAGAUAGUUGAAUGAUUUGGUAGAUUAGGUUUUCUUCUUGGACAGUUUUGACCUAUGCAAACUGGAUUUCUGCUCAUGAUUCAGAUACUUUCUUUGGGUAUCCAAUUCAGUUCCUGAUGGACACUAAAGUUUUCCAGAAACUUGUAAUAUAUUCCAUCUAUCAAGGAUGAGUGCGCUUGACCUUAGCACCAAACUUGUAUUUUGGCGCAUGGUGUGUUUAUCUGGUAGAUGCUGGAGUUAAAGAUUCCAUUGAAGAAAUGAAGGAUUCAUUCUUAAGUUUUAGCUCCCUACACCUCUUUUCCCCAGCCGAAUAUCAAAGAGACUUUUCCAUAGAAGAUAGAUGGAUGGCUCUACCAUUAAUAUGAUAGUCUUGGGCACUUCCAUUGGUUUUUUGUUCCCACAGUCCUCGGGCUCUGUUACAUUAUUUGGUUUUUUUGGCCUCAUGCAUAAAUCUUUUGUCAGGAAGAAAGAGUAUGGGAAAAAUCUACUUUGAUAUUGAUGAUUGUAUGAUCUCCAUGUUUUGUAGAUUUACACCUGAGAAGCAUGUAUAGACCAGUUACAGAAGUAAUAAUUGGAACUAUGUACAUAGAUUCUGUUUCUUAGCUGAUUGCUUGUGGAGAGGUUUUGUAAUAGACCUUUAUUAUUUUCAGAGAUUUUAAAUUUUGUGCAAUCAAAUGCAGUGUAGUCCCUUCUUUUUU